UUUACCAUCAUAGCCGCGUUGUUUUCUGCAAUGAACGGCAGCUCCCCUCUCGCCUUCAUCGUUGCCAAGAAAAAGAUCCAGAGGACGUACUGGGGCAUCUCCUACAAGCUCGUCCUGCUCCUCAGAGCAAGAAAACCAUCCAGCCCAGGCAGCGAAUAUACUAUUAUGACAGCCCAUUUUCAUCUGAAAAGAAAAAUUGGUUACUUUGUCAUCCAGACGUACCUUCCUUGCAUUAUGACUGUGAUCUUAUCGCAAGUGUCGUUUUGGCUAAACAGAGAAUCUGUCCCUGCUAGGACUGUCUUUGGAGUAACAACAGUCCUCACCAUGACCACCUUAAGUAUCAGUGCCCGUAACUCUUUGCCAAAAGUGGCCUACGCUACUGCAAUGGACUGGUUUAUAGCUGUCUGCUAUGCCUUUGUAUUUUCUGCAUUGAUUGAAUUUGCAACAGUCAACUAUUUCACCAAGAGAAGUUGGGCAUGGGAUGGCAAAAAAGCCCUGGAAGCUGCUAAAAUCAAGAAAAAAGAGCGUGAAUUGCUGGGAAACAAAUCAACUAAUACGUACACCACUGGGAAGAUGACCCCCGCACCAAACAUGCCAAAGGACUCAGCCCCAUCCGUCAUCUCAAACACUGCAUCUGCUCCAGUGAAGUCUGCAGAAGAAAAGCCCGCUGAAAGCAAAAAGACUUACAACAGCAUCAGUAAGAUUGACAAAAUGUCCCGGAUAAUUUUUCCAGUGCUGUUUGGAACUUUUAACUUAGUUUACUGGGCCACGUAUUUGAAUAGGGAGCCUGUUAUUAAAGGUGCCAAUUCUCCAAAAUAAACUGAAGGACUCUAAAGCCACAUGUGAGCCAUACUUACAAAGCAGAUGCUACCAAGGAAAAUUUGAGAUCCAGACGACUUUCUACAUUUGGGCAAUAUUCUUCAGGAAGUUUUUUGCAUGUUUAAUAAUAUGUACAAAUAAUAUUGCCUUGAUUGUUUCUACAUGUAACCUCAGAUGUUUCAGAGACGAUUAUAUUACUUACAGCAACAGAUCUUUAUAAAAG